AUGUUGCUAUCUCAAAAGCAUCUUUCCGAAAUGGGAUUUCCAUGGUUGAGGGUGAAGGCCUUUCUGUUGAGGAUCUUGGAGAUGAGUUUGAGAAAUAUUUCCAGGCAUACUAUGACCAGACUGAAGUUGGAGAUCGUUUUCACCUUUUUGGUUUUACUUUCUCUAAAUCCUCUACCCCGGUUCAUGGUAAUAGGUUCUCAAACUCCAUACAAUGCAAGACGCUUCCAAAAUACAUUGCAUCUACCGGGAAAAACUAUGUAUAAUUUGGAACUUGACUACAAGCCCGUUACUAUUAUUGUUGAUGUUGAAGUUGCUGUUACACCUGAUGUACAUGUUGAAUCGGUACCUGUUGGGCACCUGCUAGGGACCAGUUUCGAGACUACGUAUCCGUAACUGCUGGAUGCCUAGAACCGAACCAUCGGGUACCAUUAUUUCAUUAAUGAAAAUAUAUAUAUAUUUUAUUUUUAAUACACUAAAACUAAUUGUAUUACUUAAGUGAAUAAUGAUUCAUGCAUUAAUUAACAUUUUCUCCUUCGAGU